ACAACGAGAUUUUACUGAAUAUACUUCUAUUUUGAGAAAGAUCUCUUUUAGUGUGAUCCGUGCAUAUGUGCACUAUAUAUCGAUUAGAUGCUAUGACCACGCAAAAUUUUGUUUUUUGGAUAAAGAAUCUAAAGAAUUUUUUCAGUUUAUGGUGCAAAAGAACGUUAAAGUGAUUUUUACAAUAUGUUUUCAAUAAAGAAACGUAUUUUUCAAUAGACUAUUAUUUAUUAUUAGUUGUUUUUCAAGAACCUUUUAAACUAGGAACUAGUGGCGUAACCAGAAAUCGUCGGGUGGGUGGGCGACGCCCUACCGGUUUUCGAAAGGUUAUCUAAGAUGCAGAAGUACGUUUCUUUUUCGUAUAACAAAGAUGUAAUAGUUCAUUUACCUUAAGCCCCCUCAAAAUUCGAUCUCAGCUCCCGAACAUCGAGAUAGCAUGAAACUUUGAGGAUAUGUUGGGGGUAUAAAAGUACGUCUAUGGUAAAAUUUUCAACCUCCUAUCCUGAUCUCUGACGUAGAUACGAAUCAAACAAGGGUCGAAAAAUAGCUUAUCGCAUCUCCAAAAGUUCUCAGUGGGUGUUCCAUCAAUAUGGUUAAUUGUUUUUUCAUAUGAGAGAGCAUGUCAGGAUGCAGUGUCUAUGAGGACCCUUUUUUAAAAUUCUUAUCUUUAUAAAGAAAAAAAGUCUUCACAAGUUCAAUCACUAAAAAACUUCUCAAAAAAAAUGGCGCUUGUAUAAUGAAACCACUUAUCAAUAUACAAAUAGCAAAGCUUUAUCAGAAAAGGGCUCUCAUAGGUAUUACAGUUUUUGAUGCUCUUUCGAGCAAAAAAUAUAUUUGACUUUAUGUCGCAUUAUAGUUGACUUUUGGUAGAGAUGUAUCGUUCGACUACAACUUUGAGAAAAAAAAUUGGAUUUUUUCAAAAACCGUUGGUUUUUCGAACAGGGAGCGUCAAAAAUCUUGAAAAUUUUUCAGAAAAAGGAGGUACCGAAGAAAAUUUAUUAUCGUUUAUGAAAGACCAAAUGACAGUCUAUCUCCCUAUGUACUUAUCUCAAUUUCAACGAUUCUGACGAAAAAUGAAUUUUUUGAGGGGGAGGAGCUUAAAAAACACGUUUUAAACAUUAUUAUUCAUUUAGCAGAUGAAGAAAAAUAUCUAAAUAUUACAAGACUUUAUUUUAACAACAUUCUACUAUUUUUAUGCAACUAAUGAUGCAGAGGACGGUAGUGAAGUUUCAAAUGAUAAGGGUGGUGGUGAAGAUAUUGAUAAUAGUGAUAAAGAUGACAGUUGUGAAGAUGAUGAUAAUGAUUUUGAAGUUUUAUCUGCCGAGCAACAAGCUGUUUCGUCUGGUUGA